CGGGCAAUCGAAUCUAUAUUGUUUUGGGUGGGCAAGUAAGGAUCGCGAGACCCGUGCGUCAAAAUGGAUGACGCUAUCAACGGAAAUGCUUUCAAGCAUUACAACACUGAACCCCCCAAAGCCACUCGUGUUUUGCCGCUGUUUUCUCUCAAAGGGAAAACGGCCAUUAUAACGGGUGCGGGUGCGGGCAUUGGUUUGGCUGUGGCCCGUGGAUUUGCUGAAGCCGGCGCCAACGUCGCCAUCUGGUAUCACGGUAACAACAAGGCGAUCGAUCGCGCGGCCGAGAUUGAAAAGGAAUUUGGAGUCAAAGCCACUGCGUAUCAAGUGGAUGUGCGGGACCCCAAGGCAGUCGAUGAAGCCAUUGUUUCCCAAGUCAAGGAAUUCAACAACCGACUCGACAUUUUCGUGGCCAAUGCGGGUAUUCCCUGGACCCAAGGGCCAGCCAUCACUGGCGAGAUUGAACACUACCAGAAUGUUGUGAGAACCGACAUCGAUGGAGUCUUCUACGGAGCAAGGACCGCUGGGAGAAUAUGGAGAGAGCAGAAGAAGCAUAAGCUGGACGAUUUCAACUAUGGAAAGUUCAUCGCCACGGCCUCGAUGUCUGGCCACAUCGCCAACAUCCCCCAAUUGCAGGCAGCAUACAACGCAGCCAAAGCUGCGGUCAAGCACAUGGUGCAGAGCUUGGCUAUUGAGUGGGUGCAAUUUGCCCGGGCAAACACCAUCAGUCCAGGCUACAUUGCCACUGAGAUCAGUAAUUUCGUCCCGCCCGAAACGAAAAGUAUCUGGAGAGACAAGAUUCCGAUGGGCCGAGAAGGUGAGGUUAUUGAGCUGGUUGGAGCCUACCUGUACCUUGCAAGUGAUGCGAGUUCGUAUACGACAGGUACAGAUAUUGUCGUUGAUGGUGGAUAUAUCGCUCCGUAAACUUGACGACAGGCCAUCUCCCAUGGUCGUGCC